AUGCGUCUCGUCGGGGAAGAAAGAUUGGGUAUAGGAUUCAUACCAGUCCAGAGGAACUCGGAGCCAUGCGACCCGCCCCUCUUUUGCUACGCUCGCUAUUCACCCCCGGUUUCGAGAAGUGCAGGCAACAUGCCCUCCGCGCAGCCUCCACAUAUCCUCGCAAGCUCCUCUGAGCCCUUGUACUCCCCCAUCGCAGCUAGCGGAUCAACAAAUGCAGAAGACCGGCAUGAUCGCUCUUCAUCUACCCCCACCAAUUCGUCCCGACAAGGCGGCGAGAGGGACAAACCUCGUUUGACGGAGCAAGAGAAAAAGAACAACCACAUUGCCUCAGAGCAGAAGCGACGCGCGGCGAUCCGUGAAGGGUUUGAUCGACUUACGGAGCUUGUUCCUGGCUUGGAGGGCCAAGGACGAAGCGAGAGCAUCGUCCUAAAGAAGACUGUUGAUUUUAUCCAUGCCCAGCUCCAAGAGCGCAAGAACCUUAUCACUGAAAUCGAACGCAGAGGGGGUCGUGUCAGUGACGAUAUGCGACCCUAA